UCUGCUCUGUGCCUCUGCUGUGCGCUGCUGCUCUGUAUGCCUCGCUUCUCUCAGUGCGUUGCUGCUUACAAGCCUAAAUAUUAGCAAACAGGAAGUAUUUGCUCUUUCUCUCGCUCUCGGGUCUGUGCGUUGAUAUAGAUACUGUGUGCUAGUGAAGUGACGCCGUCGUUAUAUUUUGUAUUAUAAAAAAAAAAGGACUCUGUGUAGUGGACUUGGUGCGUGCAGCACACACAUAACACACACACACAACAUACACGUACAUAAGAACUGACAAAAAAACACCAACGUCUCGAAACAAAGACCAAGGUUAACAGGCCUUGUGUACAGAGGAUAUUUUCGACUCGCUUUGGAGCAGCGGUCAGUACUUAUAUUCCCUAAGCUCCGGAUCUCGUCGUCGUCGACGGAAUAAGUUAUAGAUAGAUACAUAUACAUCAACAACACAACGAGCCGAAGCGUUACGCACAAUAGCCAAGCAGCAGCAGCAGUCAGUCUCGUCUCUCUCGCACUCUCUCUCUCUCUCUCUCUCUCUCUUAUGGCCAUUGUGGUGUUGUAGUGUGCUGCACCACCACAACAAUUGCCGUAUUAGAUAAGGGUUACGACUUUGCGCGAGCGAGUAUAUACGGUGAGUGAGAGAGAGACGCCGAAGAAAAUCCAUCGCCGCUCGAUCGCUACCUUUCUACACACAACAUAUACACAGACAGACAGACACGCAGGCAAUGCCAUUACUUAUGGAGAGGUUGAAGAAAGAGCACUUUUACUGGUUUUAAUCGAAUGAAACUCGUUUUUAAACAUGAGGAAAAGAUGAUGAUGAGCAUCUGUUUAUCAAUGUUAAUGCUUCUGUCAAACACUGUAUUUAAAAUAUAGUAUCGACUACUGAUCAUAUUUACAACUAUAAAGUUCUGAUAAGCUUUUGAGGAUAAAGAUUUGGUGGACUGCUACAUAAAUAAAUUGAGGAUAAUUGAACACGUUAUCUGGAUCGAGAAAUAAUCUCCAUUAUGGAUCCAUCGCUUAUUUUGACUCACAUACCCCGGUUUCAAGGGUUACCUCUAGAGUCUAAGCUUGUUACUUACAUGACUCACAACAAACCGGGUAUGCCACCUACUAUUUCAUCAACUAUGAUGCCUUCUUCAGUAGAUAAUAUAAUGGAAAAUAUGUCCAAUAUGACAAUCAAUGUUGGUCAGAAGAUGAAUGCACCUCAGGAAUAUGUAGACACUUUACAAGGAGCUGUAAGUCCAAGCAAAAAUUCUCAGCUAAAUGUCUUCAGCCCUGAAUAUACACCAAAAGGAAACGUUAAUGGUACAACCUACUUCUAUACUCCAGUCGUAGAACCAUUGAUAGAGGAAGUACCUCUACAGAUAAACAACUCUCAUCCAUUAUAUUUCAUGGGCAGUGAUAUACGACAAGACGUUUUGGACAAAAAUGCCAUAGCUUUAGCUGAACAUAAUAGACCAGAUGAUCCUAAUAUACCUGCAGAAGUACAAAAUUAUCAAGAACUAAUGCUGCUUGAAGAACCACAAACUGGACCUGGACCUGUAACAUCAACAUUCAGAGCAACUAAUAUCAAAAAUGGUAACAAUUAUUGUCUUCGUAGAGUUCAUGGCUGCAAAUUAUUAAAUAAAAAAAGCCUUGCCGUCAUCGAAACAUGGAAAAAAUUAUUGCAUUCCAACAUUGUGGGACUCAAAGAAGUAUUUUUUACCAAAGCAUUUGGAGAUGAAUCUACGGUUUUUGUUUAUGACUACUUCCCAGGAAGUGAAACUAUGUUAUCAAAACAUUUUGCUCCUAAAGAUGUGAAUGGAUAUGUUGAUCCAUUUUCAGCAGAUCCAACUGCACCUAGACCGUACAGUCAUACAAAAAAUACUAUGUUGCGACAUCAACACAAUAAUAUGUUGCCUGAAAGUCUGAUUUGGAACUAUGUUAUACAACUCACAGCGGCGAUUCGCGUUAUUCAUGCUGCUGGUUUGUCUUACCGGUGUCUUGAUCCAUCUAAAGUUUUAUUGACAUCUAAUUCAAGAAUACGCUUGAGUUGCGUCGGAGUUCCAGAUGUAGUGGAUUAUAAAGAUGAUACAUGUCAAUUUCAAGGAGAAGAUUUAGUAACUCUUGGAAAGCUUGUUCUUGCUCUAGCUUCUCGCAGUUUACUUGCUGUACAUCGUACCGACAUGCAAGGAUCUCUCGAGUUAAUUUCGAGUACUUAUUCUAAAGAUUUGCGAAAUCUUAUAGUGUAUUUAUUAUCAAACUCAGCAGCCAAAUCAGUGACAGAUUUAAUGCCCAUGAUUGGAGCAAGAUUUUAUACUCAAUUGGAUGCUAUCCAACUACAGUCUGAUGUAAUUGAAAAUGAAUUAUCCAAAGAAUUAGAUAAUGGGCGUUUAUUCAAACUGAUAUCGAAAAUUGCUAGCAUCAAUGAAAGGCCUCAAUUUGGUAUGGAUCCCCAGUGGUCCGAAACUGGUGAUCGAUAUAUGAUUAAACUUUUCAGAGACUACGUUUUUCAUCAGGUUGAUCCUAAUGGUCGGCCGUGGUUGGAUCUUGCCCAUAUUGUAUCAUGCUUGAAUAAGCUUGAUGCUGGCUCUACAGAACAGAUCUGUCUUAUGUCUCGAGACGAAAAAACUGUAUUGAUUGUAACAUAUGCGGAACUCAAACAAUGCAUGGACAAUGCAUUUGAGGGACUUCUUCUAGAAUCUGCUAAAGAAUAAGUUUCUGAAAAAAUAAAGUUAUAGUAUAAAGUAGUUGAAAACUCAAACAUUUUAUGACAGUGUGAAUGUGAUAUUAACAACUAAGGCACUGAAAAAAAAAUUUCUUAACUGAAGCGAAAAACAAAUGUUGGUGUAUAAAUAUGUUAUAGGAUAUUAAAACAAACGAGAAUUGCUAUUACUAUACAUAUAAUUAUAAAUAAAUGUACAAAUAAUUUUUUCAUUAACGAGAAUUGGAAAAAGAAAAAUUUGAUUUCCCAGUUUUUGGGAAAAUAUCAAAAAGCGAACUGAGAAUGUAUGAGUUAUGCGAUCGAUCCAUAAUACGCGAAAAUUGUUGGAUUCUUAACUUGCGCGCACACAACUAUCAUACUCAUAAGUAUGUUGUACAUAUGUAUGCAUGUUUAUGUAUAUGUCAAUGUAAAUGCAUAUGACAAAUACAUGCGUGUAUAUAAAUGUGUGCGUUUGGAUUUCUUUUUGUUUUACAGUGAAGAGUUAAAGCUAAUAAAAGUAUUGUAAAAAUAUUAACGUAAGUGCAAAUAAAACUUCGUUUGGAAAUGUAAAUUUAACAGGCCAUCGGAUGGAAUGUACUAAAUGUGAAAAAAUUAAAUUCGUUAUAAAAUUAUGAACAUUAUGAAUGAUUUUGUACACAAAAUAAAGAAUACAGUACCAUGAAAUACAUAUAUGUAAUGAAAAGAUGUUGAAAAUCUAAAUACAACAAGCAGUGUAUAGAGUAGUAAUUGUGUUAGGUUUUAGGUAUGGCUCGUAAGCAUUAAUUUUGAAAUAAAUAUUUAUUUUUGAAUGCAAUCUUAAAAAA